UAGGAAGAGGCAGGCAGGCAUGGGGCGAGGGCGAGCACCGUGCUGCGCCAAGGUGGGGCUCAACAGGGGCUCCUGGACGCCGCAGGAGGACAUGCGCCUCGUGGCGUACAUCCAGAAGCACGGCCACUCCAACUGGCGCGCGCUGCCCAAGCAAGCAGGUUUGCUGCGGUGCGGGAAGAGCUGCCGGCUGCGGUGGAUCAACUACCUGCGGCCGGACCUGAAGCGCGGCAACUUCACCGUCGAGGAGGAGGAGACCAUCAUGCGGCUGCACGGCAUGCCCGGGAACAAGUGGUCUAAGAUCGCGGCGUGCCUGCCGGGGAGGACGGACAACGAGAUCAAGAACGUGUGGAACACGCACCUGAAGAAGAAGGUGGCGCUGCGGGAGCAGCAGCAGAAGGCUGGCGCGGCCACCAAGAACGGCGCCGGCGCCGGAACUCCCGUCACCGAUUCGUCGUCGGCGUCCUCCUCGACGACUACGACCAACAACAGAUCCGGGGGCAGCGACUCCGGCGACCAGUGCGGCACGAGCAAGGAGCCCGACGCCGCCGCCGACGCAUCUCCCCUCCGAGAAUGUCUGCUCGACACGCGUCUAAGGCUCUAGAUCACACCCCAUCGACCCCGUAAACAUAAAAAAAAAUAUCACAUCGAAUAUUUUGACACAUAUAUAGAGUACUAAAUGAAGUCUAUUUACAAAACUUUUUAUAUGGAUGAGCUGU